AUGGAUGAGGCGCCUGCAGGUUCCUCAUUUGGAUCGAGGAGUCGGUUGGCUCGAGCGCCUUCCUCUCGUGAGGUGGUACGUGAGGAAGAGGAGGAGAAGGAACGACCGACCAUAAAAUCCGUGAACCAUGCGCGGAAAAUAUUUUCUCUGUUUAAACCACAGACUCAAUGGUUUAACGACGUUGUAUCUGGGAGUAGGCUUGGCGGGUUAUACAUGACCGGAUAUAGUACCAUCAGCCACGACAUACAGGGGGCUUUUGUUGAGCGGUGGCACAAGAAGACGUCUUCUUUCCACCUUCCUGUUGGGGAAUUGACGAUCACCUUACGCGACGUGGCCUAUCUACUCCACCUGCCGAUCAGAGGGAGGUUACUGAACCAUUCCCGAAUACAGAGGGUUGGGGCCAUAGAGGGGAUUGUGGAUUAUCUGGGUAUGGACCCAAACAUGGCGGAUUAUGAGUGCAGAGCGACGAGUGGGGCGCAUAUCACGUUCUCCAACUUGAAAGAGUUGUAUGAGAACCACUUGGUGGCGGCAGCGGAGUUCGAGCAAGAGGGUGACAGACUUUUUACUGAGUAUCACCGUGCUUGCACUCUGCGGUGUUGGUUCAUGUUAUUGAUAGGUAUUGCACUCUUUGUGGACAAAAGUAAAACCUACGUUGACAUGACGUAUCUACAAUACUUUAUCGAUCUGACUACAGUUGACCAGUGGAACUAG